UUCUCCGACCAACGUGGUUGAGUAGCUGGUCGAGUCUACGCAAUGCUGGAUUGCUAGGCUUGACGUACUGCACGUGUGUUAAGCCAAACUGCGCCGUUCUUGAACAUGCCGAAAAUCAAGAGAGAGCAAAGAGACGACACCUACGACGAGGAUAGCUUCACUGGACAUGUUUCGAAGAAAGCGAAGAAGGUAAAAGCAGAAGAUGAUGUUGCAAACGUUCAACACUCCGUGGAAGACGGCAUGGACGACUCCGCACGUGCCCACGAAAAUGGUUGGAUGGAGUCUCUGACUUAUGAAGAUAAGUUGGCUUUUGUCAAUCCCAUCUCAAAGCCAAUGGCCUCGAAGAAGUUCACAAAAAAGUUGUUCAAGCUAGUUAAAAAGGCAUCGAAGCACAAAGGCUAUGUUCAUUGUGGAUUGAAACUAGUGCAAACCAUGAUCCGCAAGGGCCAAACUGGCAUGGUGCUGUUGGCGGGAGAUGUGCAGCCGGUCGACAUAUGCAGUCACCUUCCUGGCGUCUGUGAAGAGAAAGGCCUGCCUUACAUCUGGACGCCGUCUCGGCAUGAUCUGGCUACUGCGCUUGGAAAGAAAAGAAUGGUGAUUGUGUGUAUGGUGAAAGAACACGACGACUACAAAGAGCUGAUGGCGGAAUGUGCUCAAGUGAUUGAGAAGGAGUAUGCUAUGGUGUAGAACUGGCAUUACGAGAGCUUCGGGACACACACAUGAACUUUUCGUUCACUGCAUUUUUACAUUAUGUGCGCUUCUCGCAGCAAUUUGAUUGUGCUGGCUGCCGCUACUGGCCUCAUCCUUAUUCUUUAUGAUGCAUGAUGCGUUUCCAUGUUAAAUUGUGAUAUAUUCACUUUGUCAUCAUGCGUGAAAUAUCAUCUUGCUGUUACGUUGCGGUGUAGUAGCCAUGUAUUAUGCGUGUAGCACGUGCUUGCUUGCACGUCGCCCAAUUCCGAGGACAUUGGUGCCGACUGUCAUACGCAAAUGAUGCUCCACAUUGCUGAACACUGGAACCAGUGUUUGACAUGCUUUUUGGGAAAUUGUAAUUUAGCUACGAGAUACAUGAUGUAUUGGUUAGCAGUAUGCAAUCUACUAUUUGCUGUUGUGUGUUUCCUGUAUAUAAAGCACCAAGAAUAAAUAAAUUCCUGGAACUUUUGGUACA